AUGUCAGCAGAGGACCAAAGCAUCAUUGAGAAUAUGAUGGCAGAUUUUGGAAUGGAAGUGGAGGUGUUCAUGCAUACAGCACCUCCAGGUGAAGAGGCUUUUGAUCUCAGUCAUACAGGUGGGGAGCACGAGGCAUUCAAAGGGCUCGCUCAUCAACUGGCGGAUCUCACUGUCAUCACAUUGACCCACAAUCUUGGGGAGAACAGACAGAAGAUCAAACAACUCAUUGGAACCUUGAGAUGGAUCACCUAG